AUGUAUAUUGAAAGUUCUAUAAAUGAUAAAUACAUUGGUACAUUAAAUUUUGGAUGUUUUCCAAAAAAUGUUUUACAAUUUCAAGAAAGUCAAGAUUUAUUUCAACAAUUAAUUUUCAUUGAUUAUCAAUUACAAUUAUUAAUUAAUAAUGAAUUUAAUGGACAAGAAUUAACUACUUUAUCAAAUUUUCAAGGUAUAAAUAAUCCAAAAGAAAAAUUAAUUCAAUUAAUUAAUUAUACAAAUUCAAUAAAUAUAAAUUAUAAUAAAGAAAAUAGAUCAUAUGAAGAAAAUUUAUAUUAUAUUGUAUUAAUUUCUCAUUUAUUAUAUUUAGAUGGAAAUUUAAUUGAAAUGAAUAAAAUUCUAAAUUCAAUUAAUGUAAGUUAUCAAGUAAAUAAAAAUUUAAAUGUUUCAAUAAAUACUUUAGAUUUUAUUUCUUAUUUAACUGUUAGAUAUUAUACUUUAUAUGGUUUAAGUACUAUUCAUCCACAAUUAGAAAUUUGGUUUCAAUAUCUUGAUAAUUUUAAACAUCCAUUUUCAAAAUCUCAAGUUAUAGCAAAUCAUUGGUUAGAUCUUUUAUUUAAAAAAUUAACUAUAGAAUUAAGUAAAAAUGGUACAAUACAAUUUUCAUUUGUUAAUAAUAUUUCAAAUUUACCAUUUUAUAAAAAUAAAUUAUCAAUUAUAAGUUAUUCAAAUUUUUUAUUAAGACCUGAACAAUAUCAAAUUAUUAAUAAAUCUUUUAAAACUGAUUAUUCAUCAUAUUUAAAUAUUGAAAUUAAUGAAUGUAUUCAUCUGAAAAUUCAAUUUCCUGAUGCAAAUGAACCAAAUAAUCAAGUUAAUGAUUUUAUAAAUAAUUUAUAUGAAUCAUUAAGUUAUGUUCCUUUUAAUUUAGCAAUUUUUAAACCUUCAUUAAGUAAAAAAUUUUUAAUUGAUGCAACAACAAAAACUUAUCAAAGUAGAAUUGUUUUAUCAAAUUUUAUUUAUACAUUAAUUGAUUUAAAUGAAUAUGAUGAAGCAUUAGCUGGGUUUAAUACUUAUAUUGCAUAUAUUGAAAAAGAUCAAGAAUUAAAAGAAGGUUAUAUUGAAGAUAUUUUAUCAAUUAUUGAUACUUAUAGUACAUGUAUAAUUCAUUUUAAUCCAUUAAAAUCAUUUGCUAAAAAUCCAAAAUUUAAAUAUACUGAUGAACCAAUAGUUUUAGAUAAUUUAAAAAAAUUUGUUAAAGAAUUACAACUGUAUCUUGAAAAAUUAAAUAAAUUAGUUGAUUUAGCAUAUGAUGAUGAAAAUUAUGCAGGUGAUAAAAAUCCAUUAUCAUUUUUAUAUAGAAAAUAUAAUUUAAAUGUUUUACAAUCAGAUCAAUCACAAUUUAUUGAAUUAAUUUCAAAAGCAUGGCAUUCAAUUGGAUAUUAUUAUAGUUAUUUAUCAAAUUUUGAAUCACCAAAUCAAAAAAUUUUAGAUUUUAAUAUUUCACAAAUUUUAAAAAAUUAUAAAAAUUCUUUAAUUAUAAAUUCAACUGGUAAUGUAUUAUAUCUAUUUACUUAUGCCUUGGCAUUAGCAAAUACUUCACAAUUAAAACCAUCAUUAAAAUUAUGUAAAUUUAUUUUAAAGAAAUAUCCAGAAAGUUUUAAAACUUGGAAUUUAUUAGUAUUAUUAAUAACUUCAUUUAAUAAUGAUAAUGAUGAAAUUGAAAAACCUGCAGGAUUUAAUGAUAAUAUCUUACCUGAUAAUUUUACAAAUAGCAAUGGUGGAGGACAAAUUGAUUCUAAAAUUAAUGGUUAUAUUCCACCAAAAUUAAAAAUUAGAGAACCAGAAAAAUUUAUAAAUAAAGCUCUUAAUAUUUCAGGAUUAUAUAUUUUAAAACAUCAACAAAGAGAUAUAAAAUUAUCAUUUGAAUCAAAAUAUGAAAUUUUACAAUUAAAAUUAACUCAAUUAGCUGUAUUAGAAUCAAUUCAUGGUUCUCAAUAUAUGAUUGAUUAUAUUUCAGAAGUAUUUGUAUUAUAUCAUGAAUUAUUUGAUAUAAAUUUAAAUAGUUCAAGUUCUUUAUCAUCAAGACAAUUUGCAGCAAAUGAAAAAUGGUCACAUAGACCAAGUUUUAUUGAUCCAAAUGAAUUAAAUAAUGUUAGAAUGAAUUCUCCAGAACCUUUGAAUAAAGCAAAUGCAUUACCUUCAAAUCCUCCAUUACAACAACAACAAAUACCUCCACAAUCAUCACAUUCAACCAAUCAUCAAAAUGGUGGUGAAAAAAUACUUACUUCAUCAAAUUCAACAAAAAAGCAUAGUCAUAAUCCAGUUGAUAGAUUAAAAAGAUUUUCAAAAAUUCCAAAUUUACCAACAAGAGAUUCAAUAUUAGGUAGAAGAGAUUCAAUAAUGAGUACUAAAUCAAAUACAUCAGCAACUUCAUCAGGUAUUGCAUCUGUUAAUUCUGCUCCUCAUCAUAUAAAAAAACCAGAAUUUAAAAAUGGUAAUAUUUUUGAAUCAUCAACAUCAAAUCAACAACAACAAAUCAAUGAAAAACAAGCUUUAAUUCAACCACAACGUCAACCUCCUACUCAGCCACAGAAACAUACAGAUAAUCUCGUGGAACGUAAAUUAUUACAAGAUAUUUGGUUAUGGACAUCAAAUAUAUUUUUAAAAAAUGGAUUAUAUGAAGAAAGUGAACAAUGUAUAAAUGAAGCAGAAUUAAUUUAUGAAAAUAACUUUAAAAUCUUGAUAGCUAGAGGUUUUUUAAAUUCUAAGACUAAAAAAUUUUUAUCAUUACAAAAUUUUGAAAAAUCAUUAGAGAUAUUAACUACAACAAAUAAUAAAUUUAAUAAAUUUGAAUUAGGUUUAACAAUAAUUGGAUUAUCUAAAUUAUUUUUAAUUGACGAUGACCCCAAAAAUUCAAUAUUUAUAUCAACAAAAGAUUAUGAUGCAGGAAUAAUAAGAAUUAAAAAUUUGUUAGAACAAUUCUCAUUAAGUUUUCCACAUGGAUUUAAUAAUAUUGAAAUUUGGUAUUUUUUAAGUAAAAUUUAUGAAAUUAUUGAUGAUAAAAUUUUAUUAACUAAAUCCUUGUGGAAAUGUAUUGAAUUAGAAGAUUUAAGACCUGUUAGAAAUUUUGAAGUUUGUAAUUUAAGUUUAUAA